AUGCUACUACGAAGACAAGUAUUAGGACGGAGGCUCAUCAGCUCUUUUUCCGUCUUACUCAAUUCAUCAAAAUCGCUAGCUUUACAACCUACUUUCGAUGUUGACAAAAUUAAUGAUCUACCAUUCAAUGACAAGAUACCACUACAAUGGAAACAACUAAUCCCUUAUAAAAUUAAACUAGACAAAGAAAAAACGCCUGUUAUUUUUCUUCAUGGCUUUUUUGGAUCCAAAUUAAGCUUCAAUAAGGUUGGUCGUUUGUUUAGUGAAGUAACCAAAGUCCCCACAUAUGCAGUAGAUCUACGCAAUCAUGGUGAAUCGCCUCAUGUCUUGCCAUUUUCCUAUACUCAAAUGGCCCAGGACGUUCACCUUUUCAUCAAGGAACGUAAAUGGGAUAACUGUGUACUUGUUGGUCAUUCAAUGGGUGCUAAAGUUGCCAUGUUGGUGAGUUUAUUGUACCCAGAUCUAGUGUCAAAAUUGGUUGUUAUUGAUAAUACUCCUCACUCAAUGCCGCUAGAUCCACAUUAUAGAUUGGAUGUAUUAGGUAUGUGCGAAGUUGAAGCGCAUCCGGAACUAUACAAAAAGGGAUCUAAUGGGAGAAGAGUCACUGAAGUCAAACAAAUUAGCAAGUUUUUAGCCAAAUAUGAGAAGAGUCAACUUGUUCGACUGUUGUUGAUGAGCAACUUACUUUUGACUCAUAAAGAUCUUGGCAACCCCCAUGUCAAAGAUCGGUUAAAAGAAGUGUUUCGGAUCCCUGUGAUGAACUUCUGGAAACAUGAUAUUAUCAAAACCGUUGAAUCCUGGCCAGAUUUGCCUACCAAUUUUGAAAAAUUCACACAUCCAACAUUGGUCAUGUAUGGGAGCCAAUCACCAUUUGUGAAACCGGAAUAUUUCGCGGUCUUUGAACAAUUUUUUACUGACUUGAAGUUCAAAGAGUUUAAUUGUGGUCAUUGGAUCUCACACGAUCUACCGGGGGAGUUCGUUAAUGAGUUGGUGAAAUUUAUUUCACCUUCUUGGGAGAGAAAAGAGAAUCUUAACACAUUGAAUGCAAAACCAAAGAAGAAACCGAGACCCCCUAGGCCAGGACGAUUCCCACGAGGAUUAGAUUUAGAAUAG